AUGAAGGCCACCACCCUCCUCGCCAUCUUCGGCCUCUUCGGAGCAAGCACCACAGCAAUCCCAACAGUUAACCUCCCCCGGCAAAACGGUAACGGCCACCCGCUAUCCUGGGAAUUCUUUCUCUUCCAAAACACGAACUGCACAGGACCCCAGGAUACAUUUUCCGGUAACGGAACUACGGCUUGUCGGAACGAUAUCCAGCAUGGUAGCGCGUUGGGGUUUAUCAAGGAGGAUAUUAGUCCGGGUUGUGUGAUUGAGUUGUUUAGGGCCAAGAACUGUACGCAGAGUGUGAGGAAUGUUACCUCAAGGACGGAGAGUACGUGUCAGGUUCUGCCGGGGUCGGUGUCGAGUUUUGAUGUGAAGUGUGCGAGGCCGAGGUUUGUUGUACCUAGGGGAUAG